AUGGAAGACAAAUCUUUUACGAAGGAGUUAGACCAGUGGAUUGAACAGCUAAAUGAGUGCAAGCAGCUUUCGGAAAACCAAGUGAGGACACUCUGCGAGAAGGCCAAGGAGAUUCUAACUAAGGAGUCCAACGUCCAAGAGGUGCGAUGCCCGGUGACUGUGUGUGGCGAUGUGCACGGCCAGUUCCACGAUCUGAUGGAGCUCUUCAAGAUCGGUGGCAAGUCCCCCGACACCAACUACCUGUUCAUGGGCGACUACGUUGACAGAGGGUACUACUCUGUGGAGACGGUCACGCUGCUCGUCACGCUAAAGGUGCGCUUCCAGGAGCGGAUCACCAUCUUGCGAGGGAACCACGAGUCCCGACAGAUCACGCAAGUGUACGGCUUCUACGAUGAGUGCCUGAGGAAGUACGGCAACGCCAAUGUGUGGAAGUACUUCACAGACCUGUUUGACUACCUGCCACUCACGGCGCUGGUUGACGGCCAGAUCUUCUGUCUCCACGGAGGCUUGUCACCUUCCAUUGACACCCUGGACCACAUACGAGCUUUGGACCGUCUCCAGGAGGUCCCUCAUGAGGGCCCUAUGUGUGACCUGCUGUGGUCGGACCCCGACGACCGCGGCGGCUGGGGGAUCUCCCCCCGAGGCGCGGGCUACACUUUCGGCCAGGACAUCUCUGAAACCUUCAACCACGCCAACGGCCUGACGUUGGUGUCGCGCGCCCAUCAGCUGGUCAUGGAGGGCUACAACUGGGGCCACGACAAGAACGUGGUGACCAUCUUCAGUGCGCCCAACUACUGCUACCGCUGCGGGAACCAGGCAGCCAUUAUGGAACUGGAUGACACCCUCAAGUACUCUUUCCUUCAGUUUGAUCCGGCCCCCCGCCGCGGCGAGCCCCACGUGACCAGACGCACUCCUGACUACUUCCUGUGA